CGGUGUUGUCCCUCAUUGUCCUGUGCACAGUGGUGGACAUGCUCAGGUGAUACUGUUCGAGUGAUUAUCAACUGUCACCUCCACAGAUGACACCUGGAGAACUAGCCCUUGCAAAUGGCAACCGCACUCCAGUUACCGAGUUCAUCUUGUUGGGAUUCUCCAGUUAUGCAGAUCUCCAGGAGCUUCUGUUUGUGGCCUUCCUGCUCAUUUAUGCCAUAACAGUGCUGGGCAACCUGGGAAUGAUGGCACUCAUCUUCACAGACUCCCGUCUCCAUAGCCCCAUGUAUUUCUUCCUCAGUGUCCUGUCGUUUCUAGAUAUUUGUUACUCAUCUGUGGUCACACCCAAGCUCUUGGUCAACUUCCUGGCCUCCGAUAAGACCAUCUCUUUCGAGGGCUGUGUGGUCCAACUGAUCUUCUUUGUGGUGCACGUGACAGCUGAGAGCUUCCUGCUGGCCUCCAUGGCCUAUGACCGCUUUGUGGCCAUCUGCCAACCCCUCCAUUAUGGUUCUGUCAUGACUAAGGAGACCUGCGUCCAGCUGGUAGCUGCUUCCUACGCAUUUGGUGGUGCCAACUCUGCUAUCCAGACUGGGAACGUCUUUGCUCUGCCUUUCUGUGGGCCCAACCAGGUAACACACUACUUCUGUGACAUCCCACCCCUUCUCCGCCUGGCUUGUGGCAACACGGCCACAGCAGGGCUGGUCCUCUAUAUCUUCUCUGCUCUGGUUACCCUUCUGCCUGCUGCAGGCAUCCUCACCUCCUACAGCUUGGUCCUGGUGGCCAUUGGGAGGAUGCGCUCAGCAGCUGGACGGGAGAAGGCGCUCUCCACCUGUGCCUCCCACUUCUUGGCCAUUGCCAUUUUCUAUGGCACUGUGGUUUUCACCUACGUCCAGCCUCACGGAUCCUCUAAUGGUACCAAUGGCCAAAUAGUGUCCGUGUUCUACACCAUCAUAAUUCCCAUGCUCAACCCCUUCAUCUAUAGCCUCCGCAACAAGGAGGUAAAGGACGCACUGGAGAGGAAACUCCAGGUCAGUAUCUUUCCCUGCCGAGUCCCGCAAGGUUAUUUGCCGGAAUGAGGACGGAGCCACAUUCUCGCACAGAGAGUCGUGACGCCGAGGCUUUUCUUUCCAGGAAACAACUUUAUUCGUGCUCGCACAGGCUCAGAGGGUUUGUACCCAAAAAACUGAAUGUCACGUGCUGUAGCCUUUGAAGCAUUUUCUACUUCUUUGUCUCCCAUAUAUGGGUAACGUAUAGACAUACAGUCUGAUCGGGUAGUCUCAUGUUACAGGGUCGUGAGAGGUGUCACGUGAGGACAUACAGAGUUGGGAGGAAGGUCACAUACGCACAUCGCUAGGUUGCCUUAUCUUGAGGUCCUUUCCUCCCCACAUUCCUCAGGGAGGGAACUCUACCACAAGGAAGGUGGAGCAUGUUCCGAAUCACAUUAUGGAUUGACCUAAUGGAGAGCAGCCCUGGAAGAAGGAGGUGGAAGAAGGAGGGAAGAAACAGCAAAUAUCAUUCUUUCUACAGAGAAUCGCAGUUUUCGUUACUGUUUGUUUAUUUUUGACAGAGAGAAAGAGUGUGCAUGAGCAGGGGAAGGUCAGAGAGAGAGACAGAGAAAAUCCCAAGUAGGAUCCAUGCUGUCAGCACAGAGCCCAACGCAGGGCUUGAACUCACGAACCACAAGAUCAUGACCUGCGCCAAAACCAAGAGUUGGACACUUAACCGACUGAGCCACCCAGGCGCCCCUCCAAAACGUUUUUAAUGACCCUGUUUGCUUCUGAUACUUUAUGCUAAAAAAGAAAUAAUUAAAUCCUUUCCGGGAAACUGAGUGUGAAAAUCUCUCACUUCUGUCUUCUUUCAUUAAGCCAAUAUUUACGAAAUUCCUCCUAUGCUCCACAGUCCAUUAACAUAACUAAGUUUUCAGUACAUGCCUACAACAGAGGUCAGGGCUGGAACAUCAUGGCGAAGGGACCUGGUGAAAAUGAGUCUAAUUCAUUCAUCUGGAAAAAUAUUUAUGAGGCAAUUAGGUGUAACACACUGUGUAGGCCCGACCUGGAUUAAUAGAACAGUGAAAAAUAAAUCCCAUCAUGUCGGUGGGUUAAUACCACAAAGGCUUUCCCCGGUGCUAAAGAUGAGACAGAUCAGGUGACUCUCCAGGGCCACUUUUAUCCAACCAUCAUAUCUGGGCCCCUGUCAUCGUACCACACUACCAUCUCAACCUGUGCCCCCCAAGAUUUUAACGGUAGAGGAAAUAAUCAAGAAAGUCUUGUGGAGUGUUUUUAAUUACCUGGCCUGAAGCUGGCUCAUGUCACUUCAGCCCACAUGCCAUUAGCCCGAAACCAGUCUUUGAGUUUAAAAUAAUUGCAAAGGAG